GUUCCUCAUAGUACUGGCCUGUCUGAUCCUCAGUGUCCUCUCUACCAUCGACCAAUUCCAAGCUCUGGCUCACACAACUCUCUUCUGGAUGGAGAUCGUCCUUGUGGUGUUCUUCGGUGUGGAAUAUUUCGUCCGCGUUUGGUCCGCAGGCUGCCGCAGUAAAUAUGUUGGCAUCUGGGGCCGACUGCGCUUUGCCAGGAAGCCAAUAUCUAUUAUAGAUCUGAUAGUGGUUGUCGCUUCAAUAGUUGUGUUGUCAGUGGGUUCGAAAGGCCAGGUUUUCGCCACCUCUGCUGUAAGAGGGAUUCGCUUCCUGCAGAUCCUGCGAAUGCUGCACGUUGACAGGCAGGGAGGAACCUGGCGUCUCCUGGGCUCAGUUGUCUUCAUCCAUCGGCAGGAGCUGAUCACUACUCUGUACAUUGGGUUUCUGAGCCUGAUCUUCUCUUCGUACUUUGUCUACCUGGCAGAAAAGGAUGCAGCUGAUAGCACAGGUUCCACUGGGUUUGGAAACUAUGCAGAUGCGUUGUGGUGGGGAGUGGUGACUGUAACUACAAUUGGCUACGGAGACAAAGUGCCUCAAACCUGGAUUGGGAAGACCAUUGCUUCCUGCUUUUCUGUGUUUGCCAUAUCGUUUUUUGCUCUGCCUGCAGGAAUUUUAGGUUCUGGCUUUGCCCUGAAGGUGCAGCAAAAGCAAAGGCAGAAGCACUUCAACAGGCAGAUUCCUGCAGCUGCCUGUCUCAUACAGACAUCGUGGAGAUGUUUUGCAGUGGAUAACUUUGAUUCUGCUACAUUCAAGCUGUUUUUGAGAAAGAAAUCCGACAUUCCUGCAUCCUCUCUUUACAGCCCGAAGCAGAAAAAAUCGGUGAAGAUGAGGAGGAAGCUGAAGAGUACUGACAAGGACAAUGGUCCAGCUUCUCCCACCGUCCCCAGCAUCACCUGUGACUCUGUGUUUGACAGCGGAAGGGAGCUAAGUUCAGAUGUUUACAGCACUGUCGGCACAGGAAGCCAGCCACUUGGAGGAUGUGACCGCCAGCAGUCAUGGACAUCAUUGUCAUCUCUGCAGUUCAGCUCGUCACCCCCAGUAAAAAGAGGCCCCAGCCUAAUGGAUACCCAGUCCCCCAUUGCACUGCCAAGAAACUGCAGCUUUGCUGACGACCUAGAGCUGGAGUUUGAGCGAGAAAGUGAUUUGGCUCCAGCCAGCACAGUAUCACAAUUGACGGAGUCGCACCGAAAAGCCAUUCGUGUCAUACAGAAAAUGCGUUAUUUUGUGGCCAAGAGAAAUUUUCAGCAAGCUCGUAAGCCAUAUGAUGUCCGAGAUGUGAUUGAACAGUACUCUCAGGGUCACCUGAACCUCAUGGUGCGGAUCAAGGAGCUUCAGAGGAGACUAGAUCAGUCUUUGGGGAAAAUGACUUUGUUCCAGACGGGUUCAGACCGCGCCAGAGAUAAAGGAAACAACUCAAUUGGAUCAAGGCUCAACAGGAUGGAGGACAAGAUAACGCACAUGGAUCAAACGCUGAACCACAUCGCAGAGUCCCUCACCUUCCUGCUGGACCAGAGGGAUGUCGGUGGGGGUGAAGUCAGAGGCCGGCUGAGACCUCGGCUCAGACGAACCUGUAAUGUCCUCCACAGCCAGGACAGCCUGCCGAUGAAUGACCAGCUGUCUUCUUCCCCUUCAUCCUUCUCCUCCAACAACACCAACACCGUGCUGUGCCCCAACCCUCCACGCAGCUCCACUGCCAGUCAGGAUGAGAGCUGCUGAAACUUGAAACCAGACAUCCUGAAUGCGCUUCACAACGUUUGCUCAUCUGUUUAUGACGGGCAAAGACGCACUGGACAUAUUCUCCUGCCUGUGAUGAGCAUAUGUAGCUACAGCUGUUUGCUGAAAUACUGACAUGAUGACAUUUUGGUAAAACUCUUACCAGGACAUGUGGCAUGUGUAAGGAUGAAAAUGUAUGAAGGGAGUGUAAGAAACCACUGCCUUUCAAAUCAUAUCUGUUGGGCAACUUCAAUAUAAGGUUUAACUUAGAUCUAUUUAAAAGUAUUAAGAUUUCACAUCUUUAUUCUAGCUGUUUUUGUUUCUGAAAUUCUAGUGAAAAAAAUGAAAUCUUGAAUAUUUAAUACUGAAUAUUAUCUGUAUCAUUUUUAUUUUAAUCUUAGAGUUUUCAAAUACCAUAAAAGCAAAUGACAAAAAAGUUUUAAAAUGUUUGUAUAAUCAUUAUUUACUAUUUGUUUCUGCAGCAGAAAAAAAAAAAAAAACUAAACAGUUUUGCUGUCAGCAAAGACUUGUUCAGUUAUAUUUAGGAAUCUACAUUUUGUGAGAAAUUUGAGGGCAUCCUGCAUGCAUUGCACACUUAAGGUGGACUUAGGUUGUCACUUAGGUCAGGGGACAGUGAGGAUCAAGAUACUGCCAUGCAUUUGCUCCUUGGUGGGACUCUGAUAACAAUGACUUUGACAAAAUCACAAAAUACUAUCAAUCCACCUUAGUACUUAACAGGUACAGCCUGAGGUGAACUGUUUAAAUGUUGAUACUUUUAUAAGCAAACUUACCUCUUGCCUUAUUUUCUGCUAAAUGUGAUGCUGAGGUUUGUUAUAUUACUACAAUAAAAACUGUCACAGUAAUGAAAAAAA